UGCCGGGUUGACGUCAAAGCCCAGAGGGAGCGAGAGCAGAUCUCCUGCAUCCUCUCCAGCAGCAUCAGUGCAGCAGAGCAGAGCCGCUAUAGUCUCUCACUGCUGUCAGCUGGUGGGCAAACAGGGAAACAGCGCCAACACAAAAAGACUUUCACAGUGUAACCCUAACCCUAACCCUAACCUCACUACGCCAUCCCGCCUCCACCCUCAUGCUAUUUAGCAUCCAGCCUCUACCACGUGCUCUAAGAUGGAGAAUGAGCUUUACAUGUAUUAGAGUAGUGACCUUUUAUAAUGCAGUGUCUUCUCUCCACUCACCCAAACCUCCAGGACGCCCACCACCACUUCAGCUUCACAGACGGCUCAUUUUCCUAAGAGCUUGUGAUGCGAGUAAUUCAUUAGCGGGGUAAAUGGAUCCAAGGUUUCAAAUGAAUAUCCCAUUUAAAAGGCUUCUUCCAUACACACCCCGGUAUCCCACAACCACCUGCUCCUCCGAAAAGGUUCUCCUGCCGCUGGAUCUGCAGUGUAAUGACGCCCCUCUUGCCUGUGUGGGCGUUAAUUAGGGGGCGAGACCUCGUUUAACAUAAAAGCACUGUGAAAGAACACAAAGCUGAGAAUGUUUCACUCGUUAUUCCUCGCGAUGAAAAGGCAAAGAAGACGAAAAGAAAGGUGUUCCACUCCAGACUCGUGAAAUGAAAUGACACAAAGUGUCUACACUUACAGAAAUAGAAGAAUUUAUGAAUAUGUUUUAUUGGUGUGUGUACCCGUGUGUGUGUGUGUGUGUGUGUGUAUACGUCCAACAAUCACACGCACAUCUUGUUCUAACAAGACUUCACUCUUUCAUUUCUCACAGGAUGCGGAAGUGGCUGCUCGGAUACUCCUGGACCAAGGACAGGAGCACAGCAUCGAGACCCCCCACGGCGUUCUGCACGUGACCCUGCACGGCACGCGAACCACCCGCAGGCCUGCUAUCCUCACCUUCCAUGAUGUGGGUCUGGACAGUAAGAGCUGCUUCUCUCCUCUGUUCAAGUUCGAGGAGAUGCAGGAGAUUGUCAAGAACUUCACCCUGAUUCACGUUGACUCUCCGGGGCAGGAGGAGGGGGCUGCUGCCUACCCCGCGAGUUACCAGUAUCCCUCCAUGGACACCAUAGCAGAGAUGAUCCCUUCUGUCCUGCAGUUUUUCAACUUCCGUACUGUGAUCGGAGUGGGUGUGGGAGUGGGAGCGUACAUCCUCUCCAAGUUCGCGAUUGCAAACCCAGAUUCAGUGGAAGGUCUGGUUCUGGUCAACAUCGACCCUAACGCCCGAGGAUGGAUAGACUGGGCUGCUCAGAAGCUCAGCUCCGUGACGUCCUCCCUCACAGAGCAGAUCCUGUCCCACCUUUUCAGUCAGGAGGAGAUGUCAUCAAACACAAAUCUAGUGCAGUCUCACAGAGAGCGCAUCUCCAAAGCGUCUAAUCUGGUCAACAUGGAGCUCUUCUGGAAGACUUACAACAGCCGCAGAGACUUGAACAUUGACCGCAACAACUCCUUCAAGUGUCCAGUGAUGUUGGUGGUGGGCGACCAGGCUCCAUAUGAGGAAGCUGCCGUGGAGUGCAACAGCAAAAUGGAUCCAACAACAACUUCAUUCCUAAAGAUGGCUGAUGCUGGUGGUCUCCCUCAGCUGACCCAGCCUGCUAAACUGACUGAGGCUUUCAAGUAUUUCAUCCAAGGAAUGGGCUACAUGGCUUCAUCUUGCAUGACCCGCCUGUCCCGCUCCCGCACCACCUCCCUCUCCUCCUCCUACUCCAUGGAUGGGUCCCGCUCUCGCUCCCGCACCCUGUCCCAGGGCUCGCAGGGCGGCCAGAUGCCGCCGAGCCCCUCCCAAACGAUGGAGGUGUCCUGCUGAAGAAAAAAAAAAACGAUAGCGAGAGAGUGAGAGUGAGUGAGGAGGGCGAAGGGAAGGGGAAACAUGAGGCGCGCCGCUAAUGUAGGAAAAAGAGGAAUGGGUUACUUAUUUGUCACUAAUCAACUCCCACCAUUUCCCACAAGAGGCAGACUAGGACUAGAGACAGGGAGAGGGAGGGAGGAAGAGAAAACGAGGGAUUUCAGAGGAAGAACACAGCUCGCACCAGUCCUUCUCCUCACAUCACCCUGCCAGUUGAAAACAAAGUGGAUUGUGCUGUACAAUGAAUACAAGAAGUGUAGACAAGAAGAGAUGAAUAGGUGGGGAAAGACCUGCCAACGGUCCUCUCUCCCUCCAUCUAUUGGAGCCUCUGUCAGCCAAUAGAGCCCUUUCAUUUACACAAGGAGGCCUAUAGAGACCGCACACCUUGCUUUAACCAAUAGUAAUAAUUCCGAAGACGGUAUUGCUGAUGAUUACGUUAAUGAUGAUGAUAAUGGAAUAGAAAAAAAACACAGUAACACCUUUCUCUUUAUUACACUAUAAGCUUAAAUAUACAUAGAUAAAAAAAAAAUAAACAAAAAAUACUGGCAGAGAUACUUAUAACAAUGUGUGUCUACUACUUUUAAACUAGUUUUUAUUUUAAUUUCUUUAAUCGGAUUUUAUUUACUCAUUUGUAACCUUGCCUAGGCGAAUGGUUGAAGCUACUGAUUGGCUGACAGCCAAUGAGAGCCAUGAUAGUGACCACUUCCUCCUUGAUGUUGCCAGGUUGUUCAUGUCUUCCAUUUGCCCCGUCUAUAAGUUCUGUUUUCCCAUCGGAUUUGUUGAUUUGGAGGUGGGCAGGAAGCUUUGUUUUUUGUUUUUCUUAUUUUGCUUUCAAGACUCAAGAAGUUGCAUGCCUGGAAUCAGCCCAUAUGAAUAUUGACUGGAUAAUAAUUUUCUUUUAUAUUCUGCUAAUGAGUUGCGUGGAUUUGAGUGUGUGUGUGUGUGUGUGUGUGUGUGUGUGUUUGCUGUUUUGUUUCCUUGGGAGCGUUUAGUGAACUUGGCGGUAAGCACAUGAGAGACUGAGGGUGUUAGCUUGAGCUAUCGUUAACACUAGUCGCACGCUAAAUAGUGCUUCCAAUACCGCUGGCAGUCCAGCACUGUGUGUCCUAAUAUCCGCGCUUGCGUACAACAGGGAGCGUUACAUCGCUAGGUAGCACGCUAGUAUGGAUAUUGCAUGUCAGUGUUAGGCACGGCCAGAAGGGAUCACUGUGUCUAUCAUCUGGGUUGUAAUCUCUUAGCCUUGCCCGUGCAUGGAUACCUCCUAACAAACCCAGCUAGCAUUACUUGAGUUCCUGUGCGAACACAAGCUCCUCCCGAGCUACAAGCGGCUUUAUUCAAGCAACGGGGUCACGAGAAUUGUGUUGCGAUGGUUGCGAUGUAUGGGUGUGUCCGAGGAAGUAAAUGUGGGUGCGUGUUUGACGCGCUCCUAUCCUGAAAGCACAACAGAUGCAGCAAAGAGGGUCCCUUGGAAAAGUUUAGUAAUUCAAAUUUGAGACCAACAAAACCCCCUGUGACUUAUCAAUGACAAUGUACCAGCCCCUUCACUGCCAACACACUCAAAAAAAAAAGAUGAAAAAUGAUCAGCCAAUAUCUGCACCUUGAAACAACUAAUCUGGAAUUGCAGCACAUUCUUACUGCCAAAACCAAGAGCCCCGAAAGACGAGGGCGACAUUCUGCCAUCAGAAAUACUGUGAGCAUUUAUAGUGGAUCUAAAUUCAACACAAAGCUGACCACUGCCCUACGACACGCAACCAUUGGACACACAAUGACCCGAUCCUUGGAGCGUUUGUGCCAGUUAUGUGCACGCAUUUCUGUUCUGAUGCAGCGUGGCAUCUGAUUUAUUUUUUCUAUUACUUUUAAUAAGCAGUAUGAUUUUUACGAGCCAUUUGGAGGUUGCUUGUUUCUUUCUCAGGCCGCCUAGCGCUCCUUUCCAAACCUGGUUGAUGAAGUAGAGAUGGGUGAUGACGACAGUGACAAGAAAGUCAGCGGAGGGCCUCCGAUUCCAUCUGGUAUACUUGGGAGAUAUUAAUGAUGGCAGUGACAACAGUGAUCUGUUUUACGUCACUUCUCUUGUUGCAAACACAAAUUGCUGUUUGGAUUUGAGCUACAGGGUGUAAAUGGCAAAUGUGAACCAGGAUGCCGCCAUGUUUGCACUUGUGUUGCUGUCCGAAGUGCUGAAGUGUAGAAUGUAAAUGCUCCUCCCAAACUCACGCAACCAGGCAUGGGAGCGUCUACCAAAUAAGGGACAACGGGUGGAGCUGAGGAAAUGAAAUUGCCAAAUAAGGAAUAGGAUGGGUACUUAUUUGUGGAGAGUUGAGCAGGGCUGUGUGAUUGUAAAUGCUUGUCCAUUUUGUCUCUUCAUUUUUACUUUGAUCAUAUUUUUCUUUCCCCUCUAUGUUUUGGGAUUGUUAUUAUUCGUUUUUUUUUUUAUCUCUGUGAAGUGUUAGUUUACCGUCCCGAUGUGCUCACAAGUUAGUUAACCGUGUGUGUGAUAGUUCUUGUGUAACUUCUUUUAGCAUUAGAGCUGAUAAGGGAAAAUAGUAUAAUAAACAAUUAAAAAAGAUUAAAGGUAAAGAGAAUACAAUCAAUUGUACUUGUCUGGCUAAUUUUCUGUGUAUAUCACAAUGAACAUCCUAAAAAAAAAGCAAACUUAAAUAUUAAUAAAAGCUUAAGAGUAAUA